AUGAUCGGGCAAACAGGGUUCAAGGAGUUUUCUAAAGAUGGUGAUCUCAUUAUCGGAGGAGUUUUCGCUUUGUCUACUACACGCAAAUUGAUUGACAAUGGCUACCACACAUUGCCGUAUACAUACUGCAAAAAGCUGAAUGACAGGGAACUGAAGUUUGCCAGGAUAGUGAUCUUUACAGUGGAGGAGAUCAACAGAGAUACUAAGCUCCUUCCUGGAUUGAGUCUGGGCUACAGGCUGUACAAUGGUUGUGGGAGUGAGAACCUGAUUCGAGCAGCAAUGGAAGCUGUAAACGGAGAGGACUCAAAGGGCUGCGCUGAUCAGAUACAGGCUCUCCUGGGCCAUUCCUCCUCCGGAGCAGUUCCCACAUUCUUCAGAACUGUGCCCAGUGACCGCUUCAAAUCACGGUCUGAGGUGCAGCCUCAUAAAUACUUUGACUGGCGCUGGGUGGGGAUCAUUUAUUCUCAGGGCGUGUACUCAGAAGAAGGUACAAUGGCAUUUGCAAAGGAAGCAGAAAAAGAGGGCAUAUGUGUUGAAGACCGGUUACCUCACUCAAAGACACAUGUAAAAUUUCCUGCUAUUGUGGAGGCUCUGAGGAAAUCCUCGUCCAAGGUGGUCCUCUUGUUUUUGCCCUUACCCUUCACCAUCGUUCUUGUGAAAUGAAGUAUAACAUCACUGGGAAAGCAAUGGGUUGGCAGUGAGGCUUGGAUCCUCAAACAGACCUGGCUUCUGAUGGGAGUAAGAACAUUUGCAGGGGCGAUGGGCUUUGCCUCCCAGGCCUCUCCAUCAGGUCUUGGUGAAUUCUUACUCAGCUUUAAACCCUCUGAUGAACCACAGGUGCUAGUUAAAGAUUUCUGGGAGUCGUUCUUGUGCAGCUUCUCUCCGUCAAAUACUUCUGCUACGUGUACUGUGUUGGAGCACAUUAAGUACAUGAACUUCACAACACAGAGUGGGGCCAAUGUUUUCUUUGAUGAAAACGGAGACUCAGUUGCCCAGUGCCGAGGUCUGUUUGCAGAGAGCCGUGUCCCCCAGGGACUCGAAGGCGAUAAAGAGUGUGCUGCUUCGACUGCUUUGAGUGCCCAGGAGGACAGUGGUAAUGAGACAAAUUCUCCCGACUGUUUGAUCUGUCCACCUGAAUUUUGGCCAAAUGAAAGAAAGACCAGUGUCUCCGAAGCCGACAAUUACCUCUCCUACAACGAGGAUCAUGGGGCACUUUUAACUGGACCCCAGGAGCUCAUAAAGAGACUCCCAUUUGUUAAAGCCAACAACUCGGAGCUGAGCUUCCUGCUGCUCUUCCUGAUGCUGUGCUUCUGUGCUCCCCUCACCUUCAUCAGCCGGCCCACUGAUUGGUCCUGCAUGCUGCGGCCUACUGCGUUCGACAUCACCUUCGUCCUUUGCAUCUCUUGUGUCCUGCGGAAAACUAUAGUGGUGUUAAUGGCCUUCAGGGCGACACUUCCAGGCAGAAAUAUGAUGAAAUGGUUCGGUCACUGCCAGCAGCUCAGUGUUCUGAGUUUCACCCUGGUUCAGGUUGUAAUUUGUGUACUUUGGCUCACAGCCAACCCUCCAUUCCCAAGGAUGGAACAUGAUAUACUAUAAAAAGAAAAGAUCAUCUUAGAGUGCGCUCUGAGGUCAGCUGUCGGGUUCUGGGCUGUGCUGGGUUACCGAGGACUUCUUGCUCUCUUGUGUUUUAUUCUUGCUUUUUUUGCCAGGAAGCUGCCAGACAGCUUUAAUGAGGCCAAACUGAUCACCUUCAGCAUGUUGAUAUUCUGUGCAGUCUGGAUCACAUUCAUCCCGGCAUAUGUCAGCUCUCCUGGGAAGUUCACUGUGGCUGUGGAGAUAUUUGCUAUUCUGGCCUCCAGCUUUGGCUUGCUGACAUGCAUUUUGUUCCCAAAAUGCUACAUUAUCUUAUUCAGGCCAGAACAAAACUCAAGGGAGCAUUUGAUGGGAAAAAUACCAAGGACACUUUGA